AUGAUUGCUCACGAAAUCUUAGAGAUUACGAAUAGUGUUUUCACAUUCCUUGGAUUUGCUGGCAUUGCACGACAAACGAUUUUGCAAAAGCUUGGUCAAGGAGAUUCCCAUGCUUGUUCACUCACAAAAUUAUACUUUGUGAACAUAGAACAACAGUUUGCAGAGAUAACCUUAUUGCGUACAUGUGGUGAAUCCCUUGAACGUCUUCAUGGCGUGUACGGUGAAAUCCGUAGUCUAUCUUCAUACAGGAAAUUCCUUGAACAUGGGGCCCAAGAACCUUACACGAACAAUAACUAUCAACAACAAACUUCGUCAAUAAAAAUACGAAGGUUUAAUAGCUUCGCUAAAGAGUCUACUAAUAAUAGAAAUAAUAAUCUCGAAGACGAUAUGGAAGGAAUGACGUUGAUAGGUGACAACGAAGAUAUCGACAGGAUCAACUCGAUACAUUACUAUUACUGUUUGUCUUGGAAAAGUGCAUUUAGUUCACCGGUAUCCAAGAUUCUUGAAGAAGGAGGAUCGGUUCUUGACGUUUGUUGUGGUAAUGGCGUGUGGAUUCAUGAAUUGGCAAGCAGAUAUCAAAGUAGUAAAUUCACUGGUAUCGACAUUUCACCAAUAUUUCCCGCAGAAAUAAAACCUCGUAACGUCAAUUUUUUAAAAGGAAAUAUCUUGGAGGGCUUGCCGUACAUUGACAAUAAUUUUGAUUUUGUAAAUUUGCGUUUCAUGUUGCGCUAUUUUAACAUAUUCGAGUGGAAUGACAUUAUACUUCACGAACUGUUUCGUGUCACUAAAGAUGGUGGUUGGAUCGAGGCAAGUUUUCUAUUUAUUAUGGAUACUGAUUUGUUACCAUACAAUAUGGGUGACAAAACUCGAGACUUUAUCACUAAAUAUUUAAAAAUAUUUGAACCUAAUCUUAAUUAUGAUAUUACUCUAAAGCAAGUGGUUGAUUUAUUGUAUAGUUGUUACAAAAAUAAAUCAGUGGUAUUCAUUGAAGAGAAAGAUAAUGCGUGGUAUCCAUACAAACAUGAAGAAACCGGGAAGACUAUAAAUAUUGCUCAAGAAAUCCUCAUAUCCUUACGAAAAAAAAUGGGAAAUUCCUUGGAAUCGGAAGAAGAGGAUUACAGCGUUUUAAUGAACGAAAUUUACAACGAAUUGAUAACAAAUCAAACUUACGGAAAGUCAUACAGAAUCCUAAUACAAAAAGUCAACAAUAGCAACAAUAACAAUAACAAUAACAACAAUUCCUUACGGUUAAGUCAUUCAGUUUAA